AGCGGGGUGUCGAUUCCACCGAUCGGAAGUGGAGUGUCAUUUCUACCCAUAAGAAGCAAGGUGUUGAUUCCACCGAUCGGAAGCGGAGUGUCAUCUCUACCAAUCGGAAGCAAGGUGUCGAUUCCACCGAUCGGAAGCGGAGUGUCAUUUCAGUCAAUCAUAAGAAGAGCUUUGUUUCCACCAAUUGUCAUUCCCACAGAGAAGAAGUGGAGCGUCGUUUCCACAAAUCAUUGACCCUGCCAAUCAGAAUCGGAUCUGGAAUCACGGGUCUUCCUUUGGACGGCUGCCACCGACCAGAAGCGGAUCUGGAAUCCCGAGCGGACGGUCGACAGCCCGGACGCGAGGUGGAGGCCAGGGGGCGAUGCAGUCAGACGACCUCUUCAUCCGCAAGAUCCGACGCCACACGAACCGCCCGCCGCUUCCGUCCCUCUCCUUCGACACUUUCCGGACCAACAAGUCCUCCCCGGUGGGCGAGGGCCCCAUCGCGGGGCAUUACGGACCCCCUCCGCUGAGGUCCCCGAGGCGCAGCUACCUCAUGCAUCGCAGCAACAGCGACGUGACACUGAGCGAGGGGGAGCUCGCCGUUUCCGCUCCGGCAGCUCCUAGUUCCCCUGGGGGCGGACCCGGACUCCUUCGCAACAGUAGCCCCAAUUCGUCCGUCAAGGGUUCGGCACCUCCUCGGGCUCGGGCGCACAGCCAUGAAGAACCCCGAGCCGGUAGCCCAACCGCCCGCCGUUUCCGGGACCCUUUGCUCCUCCUCGGACUGUCGACCAGCGAGGUUUGGGAGACCGAAACGGACGGCGUGAUGCCCGGGGAUGGGGCCGGCGUCCACCCCGUAUCCGAGGUGGCCGCCCCUGUAUGGGGCCGCCAUUUGGCCCACUACGAUGUCCAGAGCAUCCUGUUCGAGCCGGGUGGAGUGGCCCGAGACGCCGAAAAGCAGGGUAACAUCAGCACAGGAGCCUCGGCGGCUUCUCAGUCUCGCCUGGCGGACGCCGCUCACGUCUCCGAGGACGAGGCGGGCGAGGAGAAAGACGGGACCCUAGUGCUCAGCUGCCCCUGCUUCCGGGCGGAAUCCGGGGGAGAAUCCGAAUCCGGCAUCGGGCAACACCGAGGGUCCCUAGCGGGGUUCCACUGCCCGAACAUGGCGGUGUCCGUCCUGGAGGAACCGCGCGAAAGCUACGGGCAGAGGACUAGCCGCGCUGGGCACGCCAUCGAAUACGCCGAUCUCGGAGCGUGUUACUAUCGGAAGCAUUUCUACGGCAAAGAGCACCAGAAUUUCUUUGGAGUGGACGAUCAAUUGGGUGCGGUAGCCGUGUCACUGCGGCGCGAGGAGAAAGAAGGCAGCACCGGACCCCAGUACAAUUACCGCCUCAUCGUACGGACAAGUCAGCUCCGGACCCUUCGGGGGUCCAUCCUCGAGGAGGCGAUCCCCCUCGCCGCCCGCCACGCCACCCCCCGCGGCAUCCCCCCGAAGAAGCUCCUGGAACACGUGAUGCCCGAACUGAGCCUCCAGUGUCUCCGCUUGGCGUCCAGCUCCCCGAAGGUACCGGAGACCUUGCUCAAGCUGGACGAACAAGGGCUCAGUUUCCAGCGGAAAGUCGGAGUGUUGUACUGUAUGGCAGGGCAGGGUUCGGAAGAGGACAUGUACAACAACGAAGAAGGCGGUCCGGCCUUCCAGGAGUUCCUGGAUCUCCUUGGCGAACGUGUGCGGCUCCGCGGCUUUGAGAAAUACCGGGCGCAGCUGGACACCAAGACGGAUUCCACGGGGAGCCACUCCCUCUACACCACGUACCAGGACUACGAGAUCAUGUUCCACGUCUCCACUAUGCUGCCCUACACGCCAAACAACCGUCAGCAGCUGCUGAGGAAGCGCCACAUUGGGAACGACAUCGUGACCAUCGUCUUCCAGGAGCCCGGGGCCCUUCCCUUCACGCCACGCACCAUCCGCUCCCACUUCCAGCACGUCUUUAUUGUGGUGAGGGCUCACAAAUCCUGCAACGGCAAUACCACCUACAGCAUGGCGGUCAGCUGCACAAAGGACAUCCCACCUUUCGGCCCCUUCAUCUCGGCGGAGAACACCUUUGCCCAGAGCCCCGCUUUCCGCGACCUCCUCCUGGCCAAGGUGAUCAACGCGGAGAACGCGGCCGAGCGCUCGGGGAAGUUCCACGCCAUGGCCACGCGCACGCGGCAGGAGUACCUGCGGGACCUGGCCCUGCACCACGCCACCACCAGCACCUUGGAGGCCUCCUCCUCCCGCCUGGCCCUCAUCGCCUUGGCCGCCAAGAAGCGCGAGAAGUCCAAGGCGCCCAAGGGGGCCGAAGCCCACAGCGCCGGAGCCCUGGUCUGGGGCGUCUGGGCCCGGGACGGCAGCCGAGGGGGGGCCGAGGGCAAGACCCCCGAGCUGCGCUGCCUCCUGGGCAUCUCCGCCGAGUUCCUGGUCCUCAUCGACGCUCGCGAGAAGAGGGUGGUCUUCAACUGCUCUUGCCGGGACAUCCUCGCCUGGACCUUCUCGGAAAGCUGCACUUUGGAUCUCUACUACGAGACGGGGGACUAUAUCUGCAUGCGGGUGGACGAAGGGCAGGCCAAUGACAUCCGGGACAUCGUCCAUCGGCUGCAGUUGGUGACCCGGGGCUGCGAGACGCGGGAGCUGACCCUCUUGAGGAACGGCGUCGGUCAGCUGGGCUUCCAGAUGGACCACGAGGGCUUCGUGACCGAGGUCGAGCGCUUCACAUUUGCCGAAAAGGCUGGGCUCCAACCCGGGGCCCGCCUGGUGAGGGUCUGCGAGAGACCCCUGCCCAGCCUCAGCCACUCUCAGACCACGGAGCUCCUUCGCACGGCCAAGAAGGUCACCAUCACGGUCGUGCCUCCAGAUGAGAACGGGAAACCCAGGAGAAGCUUCUCGGAGCUCUACCAAAAGUCCUUGCAAGAGAAAAGGAGGAGCGAGCCUCCGGCCGGAGACGCCGAGCUGACCAAGCCGGGCAGCGAAGCCGGGUUCAAGCCGGCCACCCUCCAGCUCCUCCAUUCGCUCUCCCUGCAAGACGGGCCUCCGCACAGCCUGGCGGAAGAGAGGACCGAAUUCCUUCGAACGCCCGGACCCCCCGACCCGAUGCCGUCUCAGGAUGUUCCCGUCGUCCCCAAUCCUCCUCCAGAUCUGAUCUUAGCCGCCACGUCCAAGGUUCCUCCGGACCAUGAUGCCGACCCGGUCAUCGACAAGAAAGGUUCGGUCACGGGUCAAGAGGUCAAAGGUCCCUUGACCCUUGGGGAGAAGCCCCCCCUCGCUUUGGAGACCAGCGAAAGCGAUAAAUUCCUGCCGCGGACCCUUUCCCUGCGCAACUCCAUCACCAAAAUCCUUUCCGAAGCCGGGGAAUCGCCGGAAGACGAGUGGGAAUCCAUCGCCAACUUGGCCUCCGCUUGCAACAGCAUCCUCGAAGCUCUUUCGAGGGAAGGGCAGCAUAUACCGGAGAACCGGGAAUCCUUAUGCGCUGCGGUCCAGAGAAGCACAACUCAACAGCAACCCAACGAGGACUCCCAAGAUGCUCUCAGCUUAGCAGAAAAGGUCUUGCAUUUGGAGUCGACGCUCAAGAAACUGCAGGAAGAUCUUCAGAGGGAGAAAGCCGAGAAGGCAGCGUUGCAGGCGGAAGUGCAGAGCUUGCAGGAAAACACCCAGCGCCUGAAAGAGGCCUCCGAAACAGCCGCGGCACAGCUCAGCCAGGUCACCCAAAUGCUGGGCGGCCCGCCGACGCCGCCCCACUGCCCUUGAGGUCUCUUCCUCUUCCGUGUCUUUCCGUGGCCAUGGGAAUCGGCGACGCGGAUAGCAACAGAAACUUUGGACUGUUAAUGGGCUUCCAUUCCUGUCCCGUCCCAAAACUUGCCGGCCGUUGGUGUUUUUGGGGAGCACCUUAUUUUGAGACACCGUUGGGGGAAAGGAAACUGAUAUUUGGGUCCAAAAAAAGGGUGGUCUUCCCAGGUUAAGGUGGGGUUUUCCAAUAGAGAAGACGGCAUUCAGUUCCCAAAUGGGACAUUUUUUCUGUGUCCAAGUGGGAUCUUCCUUUGUUCCCAAAUGGGACCUUUUCUGUGCCCAAGUGGAACAUUACACCGUGUCCAAAUGGGACCUUUUCUGUGUCCAAAUGGGACCUUUUCUGUGUCCAAAUGGGACUUUCCUUUGUGCCCAAAUGGGACCCUUUCUGUGUCCAAAUGGGACGUUCCUUUGUACCCAAAUGGGACUUUCCACCAUGUCAAAAUGGGACCUUUUCUGUGUCCAAAUGGAACCUCCUUCUGUGCCCAAAUAGGACAUUCCACUGUGUCCAAAUAGGACUUUUUCUGUGCCCAAAGGGGACCUUCCUUUGUGCCCAAAUUGGAACCUGCUUCUGUGCCCAAAUGGGACCUUCUUCUGUGCCCAAAUAGAACAUUCUACCAUGUUCAAAUUGGACCUUUUUGUGUCCAAAUGGGACCCUUUCUGUGUCCAAAUGAGACCUUCUACCGUGUCAAAAUGGGUCCUUUUUGUGCCCAAAUAGGACAUUCCACUGUGUCCAAAUAGGACCUUUUCUGUGCCCAAAUGGGACCUUCCUUUGUGCCCAAAUGGAACCUUCUUCUGUGCUCAAAUAGGACAUUCCACCAUGUUAAAAUGGGGCCUUUUUGUGUCCGAAUGGAACCUGCUCCUGUGCCCAAAUAGAACAUUCCACCAUGUCCAAAUGGGAUCUUUUCCGUGCCCAAAUAGGACAUUCCACCAUGUCCAAAUGAAGCCUUUUCGGUGCCCAAAUAGGACAUUCCAUCAUGUCCAAAUGGGACCUUUUUCUGUGCCCAAAUGGGAACUUUCUUUGUACCCAAAUGGGACCUUCUUCUGUGCCCAAAUAGGACAUUCCACCAUGUUGAUGGGAAUGUCCUUCCCCUGUUAAAUUAUUAUUCUUAUGUUUUUUCUCUCUUAAAUGGGCCUUUAUUGUGUCCAAAGGGGACCUUAUUCUGUGCCCAAAUAGGACAUUCCACCAUGUCCAAAUGAAGCCUUUUCUGUGCCCAAAUAGGACAUUUCACCAUGUCCAAAUGGGAUCCUUUUUGUGUCCAAAUGGGAUCUUUUCUGUGCCCAAAUAGAACAUUUUGCCAUGUCCAAAUGGGAUAUUUUCCGUGCCCAAAUAGGACAUUUCCACCAUGUCCAAAGGAAACCUUUUCUGUGCACAAAUAGGACAUUCCACCGUGUCAAAUGGGACAUUGUUGUGUCCAAAUGGGAUCUUUUUUGUGCCCAAAUAAGACAUUCCACCAUGUCCAAAGGAAACCUUUUCUGUGCACAAAUAGGACAUUCCACCGUGUCAAAUGGGACAUUGUUGUGUCCAAAUGGGAUCUUUUUUGUGCCCAAAUAAGACAUUCCACCAUGUCCAAAGGAAGCCUUUUCUGUGCCCAAAUAGGACAUUCCACCAUGUCCAAAUGGGACCCUUUUUGUGUCCAAAUGGGAGCUUUUCCGUGCCCAAAUAGGACAUUCCACCAUGUUCAAAUGGGACCUUUUUUGUAUCCAAAUGGGACCUUUUCUGUGCCCAAAUGGGACCUUCCUUUGUGCCCAAAUGGAACCAUCUUCUGUGCCCAAUUGGGACCUUCUUAUGUGCCCAAAUAGGACUUUCCACCAUGUCCAAAUGGGACCAUAUUCUGUUCCCAAAUGUGACCUUCUUCUGUGCCCAAAUGGGAACUCCCACUGUGUCCAAAUGGGACCUUCUUCUGUGCCCAAAUGGAACCGUCUUCUGUACCUAAUUGGGACCUUUUUAUGUGCCCAAAUAUGACAUUCCACCAUGUCCAAAUGGGACCUUCUUCUGUGCCCAAGUGGGAACUCCCACUGUGUCCAAAUGGGACCUUCUUCUGUGCCCAAAUGGAACUGUCCUCUGUGCCCAAUUGGGACCUUCCUCUGUGCCCAAAUAGGACAUUCCACCACGUCCAAAUGGGACCUUCUUCUAUGCCCAAAUGGGACCUCCUUCUGUGCCCAAAUGGGACUUCCUUUCCACUCCCCUUAUGGGACAACCGCCCCAUUUCCCCGGUUGCGUUUGCGCGCCACUUUUGAAGCCGUAGGCCCCUCUUAGCUGUCGAUAGGGUUGGGGUGGGUUGGAUACGUGGGGUUGUUGUUGUGUUGUUGUUUCUACUGGAUUUAAGACAUUUGAAGCCCCUCCACAAAGGUCGGAAACGGGGAGGAAAACACAAUUCUUCAGGCAAUAACUGCAGACCACCCUCGAAGUGAGAGAGAGGGUCAAGAGAAGGUUGAACACACCUUGGCCGCUCCUCCCCUCCUGUGUCUCCUUCCUUCCCUUCUCCCCAAAUUAUGGCACUGAUUUGGGUUUUGCCCAGACCCAGAUACCUAAGUAACUGUGAAUCGUUUUGGAAAAACUGUGACCUCGUUUCUCCAUCUUCUGCGGGACGAAGGAGGACGAAUGAUUAUUAUUAUUUUUCCUACUCUUUCUCUCGCCUCUCGCGGUGCUGCCCCAUUCCGUCCGCGUCCUAAAGGACUCCAAAGGUCAUCUAGUCCUAACCUGUUUGGACGCCGAGGAAGGAAGUCCCGCCCUUUUUGAAGGUAGUCCGUCCCACUGUUGAGAAGCCUAUUUUCCCUUCCUCGGAGUCCGGUAGAAAACGGAGUUUGCUCCAUCUUCCCAUAGGUAUCUCAGGAUAUAUGGGGCUUCCUCCUUCCUUUGGUCGUUCCUAAGCACCCUGCACAUAUUUCCCCAUCCCUUCUUUCUGGGACCAAGGUUAAAAGGGGAAGCAAGGGAAGGAGAGUACUGUUAUCCACCUUUGUCUUCCUCCCGUCCAUAUUUGAACUGAAUGUACAGACUUAGCAGUCCCCUUCCUUGUGCAAUAAAGUCUUGGUCUGCAGCCA